AAGUUAAUUUAAGCACUUCCAUGGAGAAGUUCUUGCAGAGCGCCUCUUGCCGCUGCCCUCCCUUCACCGCUCCCUCGCUCAAAUCCACUCCCUCUCUUCUUCCCUCCCCUUUACAUCGCAGAGAGGCAGGGUGUUCGCGUGGAGGAGCAGCAGAAAGCCAUAAACUGUCAGAGAGGAGCCAGAUUUUCCUCUGUCCUCCUUUUACACAACUGCCACUUCUCUCAUUUGAGGGGGGAAGACGGGGACUUUUAAGGUCAUCUAUUCUAAGUUUUAACCGACUUCUUCAUGAGUUUACGAUUCUUCUCGCCUGGCUCUUAACCGGAAGGGAGUGGGCUCGGCUCAACCUGACCCUCAGACUGGAUUUAGGGAGCGGAGGGGUAGAAGGAGGGUGCUGGGACUCGCCCGGCCGGUGCUCGCAGGCUGGGGCAGCGCUGGAGUGGGUGCAGGGGAACUGGAGUGCAGGACCGGGUGGGAGUGCUGGUCCUGGUCCUGGCGACGCCUCGGAAGGGGAAGAGACUGGCUCGGGCUCUGGGUUUGGGUCGGGGUAUGGUGGCCCGGAGUGGGCGGAGGGUGGAGCGAUGCUGAGCGCCAUCUGGGAGACAGAGGGGCUGCAGACGGUGGGCAUCGUGGUGCUGGUGUUCGCCUCCAUCAAGCUCCUGCACAUCUUGGGGCUCAUCAGCUUCUCAGAGGACAGCGUUGAAGAUGAGCUGGAACUCUCUGCAGUCCGUCAUCGCCCCGAGGGCCUGGAGCAGCUCGAGGCACAGACACGCUUCUCCCGGAAGGAGCUCCAGAUCCUUUACCGCGGCUUCAAGAAUGAGUGUCCAAGUGGCGUCGUCAAUGAAGAAACCUUUAAAGAUAUCUACGCACAGUUUUUUCCACAAGGAGAUGCUUCGACGUAUGCGCAUUUCCUGUUCAACGCGUUUGACACGGAUCACAAUGGCUCUGUGAGCUUUGAGGAUUUUGUUAUGGGGCUUUCGAUCCUGCUGCGAGGCACAGUGCAGGAAAAGCUCAUUUGGGCUUUCAACCUUUAUGACAUCAAUAAAGAUGGAUAUAUCACUAAAGAGGAAAUGCUGGACAUCAUGAAGGCUAUCUACGACAUGAUGGGUAAAUGCACAUAUCCCGUCCUGAAAGAGGAGACGCCUCGUCAGCAUGUAGAAGUAUUCUUCCAGAAGAUGGAUAAAAAUAAAGACGGCGUGGUAACCAUAGACGAGUUCAUUGACUGUUGCCAAAACGAUGAAAACAUCAUGCGAUCGAUGCAUCUCUUUGAGAAUGUUCUCUAACUUUUGGCCGCCAGCCGGAGCUUUGGAGAGGAACAUCAUCUUUAGCAUGGCCCAGUUACUGACUUGGACUCAUACUGUGUACAGUGUGCUAUGCAGACUUUUGACCAUAGAUAAAAUCUUGUUCAUUGUUACUGUUGGGCCACAAGUAGGAAUAGGCAAGCAUGUUGGGAACACUCUGGAAUUCAUAUUUUGUUUUAAGAUAUCAAACUAGGGUUCAAUUUAAUAUUUAAAAAUGCGGUAAAAUAAAAUUGCACGUAAAAAUUCAAAUUUCCUGCCUUGUUUUAUUUACUGCCAAGUGAAAUCACUGUGACUCGCAGCUUUAGGAAUAUUGAACGACCCGCUCCAAGUUCCAGAGUGUUUCUUACCUGACUUAGUCGAGUGUGGUCUGUGAUUUUACUCUUUAUUUAGAGAAGGGGGGAAAAAAACAAGUUUUACCAUUUUUAAGUUGUACAUUCAAAGAUAUGACAUUAGAUGAGAAGUCUAUUUGAAAAUAUCUCAAUUCUGAUCGUGUUUACUUGCCAACUAGACAACACAAGGAUUGUAUUGAUGUCAAAAUCGGACCAUAACUUAAGCACAUGGGUACAGACGUGGACAAAUUUGUUGGUACUCCUGGUAAAGAUGUAUAUAAAGCCUUAAAAUAAAUUAUUCUCUUACAGUCUCGCAGCAGAAAAUGUUGCAAAAAAUACAGCCUUUAACAAGAAUGCCGUAAAACAUUCACACUCUAAAGAUUAUAUUCCUCCUGAUGAUUGUUUUUUUUGGCUAACUACUUUUUGUACAAAAGUACAAAACGCCCAGCUGUUUUAAGACUUUUCAGCUGUUUAACUUUUAUACCUUUUAAGAGAUGAUUAAACAAGAAAUCCUAUUGUGAUGAGCGAGUCACGCUUUUAAAUCAUUUAAGCAUCUUUGAUGUUUUUGAAUGAGUUUGUUAUCUGUAACUGAAGUGUUUAGCAUACACUUUUGACUAGACUAGAUGGUUGCUGUUUGCAAAGAGAUAAUUUCUUCAGAUUUCCCAGUCAGGCGUAGUUACCCAUGUAAAGUGACAACUUGUCACUUUACCCAUGUAAAGUGACAAGUAGGGUUGCCUGCUGAACCACUGAAUGACUCCACCUACAUAAAAACAUCAGAAAACGUAUUCAAUGCACAACUGAUGGAUAAAAAUGAUAGAUUUUUUUUAAUGUACUCGUCCGCCCUCUUUCUAAUGCUCUCCUGGGCAAAGGCCCAUAAUGACCAUAUCAAAAACUGCCACUGAUUCUUCCUGCCAGUACACCACUAAUUUUAAAUCUCACAUUCUUGCAGUUCAAAUAGUUCAAGAUGCUUUAGACUCCAACAACAUUCCCAGAUAUUCAUCUUGAGCUGCACACCAGAACCACCUGGGGUGGUUUUUGCUAACAAAAAAAAAAAAAGAAAAAGGUUAGACUCAUCCAAUCAAGGUGAACAUUUCCAGUUAAAACCCCUGUAGAGUUUAACAAACACCAUGUCUACAUUUCUGAUGGUAAGACAAACAUGCUAUCUGUAUAGCAUCCACGGUUAUAGAGAUCUGGUGACUUGUUAUUGCUCCAACUGUGCAUAUGAGCAGGUUUGGGUGAAUAGUUAUUUCUUGUCACUAUAUCAGGCUACAUCAGGUCUUAUGAAGUCUUUCACAUGUUGAAGAGCAGCUAAUAUCUCACGCCAUAUUUAUACCUAAGGAGGUGUAAUACUCUUCUAUUACAAAUUUUAAAAAACUCAGUUUAACUUUAAAAAGUUGCUAAGAUCAUAUUUUUAAGAGAUUCUUUUUUUUUCCAAUUUGAAAAAAAUUACAAGGAAUGCAAACUUUAAUUUGAGGACAUUUCUGCUGAAUUUCCACAUUGCAAAUGACAAGAAAUCUACAUAUUUAAAGGUGUUUUGGAUAUCUUUACUGGAGGUUCCAGCAAAUUUAUUUGCAUCUGCAGCAAGAUUUUACCGCAAGUAUCACGCGAAAUGACGGCAACUUUAUAAAAAUGAAAUGGGAGGACAAGCUGCUUUUGAUGUAUUUUUUGACAUGAUGUAUGUACAUUUCUUGUAAAGUAAAGCAUCGACAUGUUUUUAUUUGAUUUUUACUCUUUUUUUCAUGUAGAGGAGUUCUCGGCAGCGUCAUGGUCAUUGUAUAAAACAAUUGUCAGCUGUACAGUAUUAAAUGAAAACUUGCUCUCUGAGGAAUUGCAGGUC